CCCGGACCGCAGAAACAGGUCCUCGGAGUCCUGUCCCUCUGCGGCUCAGGUUCCUUUGAAACAGCAACGGUUGGCAUCUGACGACGGCUGACUCGAGAGAGGAGAGGCGGAACACUGAUGAAGAUGGAGUCCAGAGCAGCAGGUGUUCACCAGCUGCAGAUGAAAGAAGAGGUUUCCCCCGAAAAGCUGGAGCGAAGCAGCAGCCUGUACCUGGAGGGGCAUGAAUCUCUUUUCAUUGAAGAAGAAAAAGACCAAGUAAAAGAGGAGGAAGAAGAUUUCCCAAAGAUCUCCCUCACUAUCGGUAAUGUUAAGAUCCAAGAAGAUGAAGAUGAGAACACGCCUCUGAUCUGCAGCUUGAGUCACCACAUAAAAACAGAAGCUGGAGUAGACGAUUGUUGUGGACCAGAGCCAACUCCUUACUUGGAUACACAUCUCCACUCUGAGCAGCAGAGGUCACCAUUCUCUGAGUCUGACACUGAUGACAGCAGGGACUGCAGAGAGACCAGCACGUCUCAUUCUGCUUCAAAUUCUGUGGAGAAUUCUAAAGUACAUGUGACGGAGAAGAAAAUUGAUGAUGGCCACAAGUCGCUGGGCUGCCCUGGAUGUGGCAGAAAAUGUUCCUCAAAGUCUGGACUGACUCAACACAUGCAGUCCUGCUCUGGAGAAUCUUUGACUUGUUCGUUUUGUGGCAAACACUUUGCUAAUAGGCAGUAUUUGAAGAUACACGUUCGAAUUCACACUGGAGAAAAACCUUUCGCCUGCUCUCUGUGUGGUAAAUGCUUUACACAACGAGGACAGCUGAGGGGCCACAUGAGAAUCCAUGCUGGAGAAAAACCUUUCAUCUGCUCGCAGUGUGAUUAAAGUUUUACACAAAGAGGACAACUAAAGGAUCACAUGAGAAUUCACACUGGGCAAAAACCUUUUGUAUGUUCUCAGUGUGGUAAAAGUUUUACUCAAAGAGGGCAUCUGAAGGAUCACAUAGGAAUUCAUUCUGGAGAAAAACCUUUCCAUUGCUCUCAGUGUGGUAAUUGUUUUACACUUAGAAACCAACUGAAGCGGCACAUGAGAAUUCACACUGGAGAAAAACCUUUCAUCUGCUCAAAGUGUGGCAAAUGUUUUGCCCAGGUAACAAAUCUGAAGGAGCAUGUGAGAAUUCACACUGGUGAGAAGCCCUUUACUUGUUCCCAAUGUGCUAGAUGUUUCACGGUAAGAGGGCAGUUGAAGGUUCACAUGAGAUCUCACACUGGAGAAAAACCUUUCACUUGUGCUCAGUGUGGAAAAUGUUUUGCAUUGCGAGGCAACCUGAAGAAACACAUGAGAACUCAUGCACAUAAGUGAGAGAACUUGACAUGCCACCUAAUGCAGAACAUCUAAGGGCAAUAAUUUUACACCUACACUCCAAACCAUGCAGAGCUGGUACCGGUGUACAGUGACACACAUGCCUUUACACCCAGAGUUGAAAGUGUCAUGGAGGAUUUCAUCACAGCUGUGUAGCUGAUGUGUUAUCAGGGUGGAUCCAAUGAAUGAAAUGAAUGUUGUCAUAUUUAUUCAUUUUCUACGCUACGGCCACUGAGAGCAGCUCUUUUAGCACUGUUGUUCCACAUGAGUGUGACGGAUGGGUUGAUCCUUCUGUGGAAGGCUGCGCAUCUGUGCCAGUGAGGUGGCUCUUCUGGCUCCUUGUCGAGAGUGUCAUGCCGAUGUUCCAGAGACCGACCCAUUUUAUUCAUGUGCAAAUCAAUGUCAACUUUCCUGAAGAUUCUGAACAUCGAUUAAAACGGAGACUGAAUUAUUGCCCACUAAAGUCCUCAUUAAUAUCAAUGAUAUGUUUUCCAUGAAUAUAUCUAAUUAUAAUUAAGAAAAUGUAAUACACAAAACCAGAGAAUGUUUGUGAGCUGCUGGUCAGGGGUCAGUAUUUCUGUAAAUGUUGCUUUGGUAGAUCAGAUCUCCCCACUGGUGGGUCUCUGGGACACUCGUCCUGCUCUCCUGGUUCCAUCCCUGCAGUCAUCUCCACAGAUCCCAGGGACUUAUUAAACCCU